GCUGCGGCGGGGAGGUGUAGGUGUGAGGGCGGUCUGUGCGGUAGGCGCCCGGCAGGCAGGCCGGCCGGCAGGCAUGUGCGGGAGGAAGCGCGGCGGGCAGGGACCGGUGCCGAGCUGAGCGGCCACGGAAGGGCUCGGGAUGGCGGCGGUCGUGGCUGCCGGGCCGCCGCCGCCGCGGCUGGCCGCCUCGGUGCUGCUCCCGCUGGCGCUGCUGCUCCUGCCGCCUCUCCCGCCUCUCUCCGCGGAGGGGGCCAGUCUGGCGGAGAACGUCAUCUGGGCCGUGAACUCGGGCGGGGAGGCCCAUGUGGACGUGCACGGCAUCCAUUUCCGGAAGGACCCGCUCGAGGGACGCGUGGGACGAGCUUCCGACUAUGGAAUGAAGCUGCCAAUCUUGCGAUCCAACCCAGAGGAUCAAAUUCUCUACCAGACAGAACGCUAUAAUGAGGAAACGUUUGGUUAUGAGGUCCCCAUCAAGGAGGAAGGCGACUACGUUCUUGUGCUGAAGUUUGCGGAAGUCUAUUUUGCACAGUCCCAGCAAAAGGUGUUCGAUGUGCGCUUGAAUGGCCACGUGGUGGUGAAGGACUUGGACAUCUUUGACAGAGUUGGACACAGCACAGCCCAUGAUGAGAUUAUUCCAAUCAGCAUCAAAAAGGGGAAGCUGACUGUCCAGGGAGAGGUUUCCACGUACACGGGGAAGCUAAACAUUGAGUUUGUGAAGGGGUACUAUGAUAAUCCAAAAAUCUGUGCACUGUACCUCCUGCGAGGAACCGUAGACGAUGUUCCAAAGCUGCAGCCCCACCCAGGCCUAGAGAAAAAGGAGGAGGAGGAAGAUGAAGAGGAAUAUGAAGAAGGCUCCAGCACGAAAAAGCAGACCAAUAAGAACCGAGUCCAGUCAGGGCCCCGCACACCAAAUCCUUAUGCCUCGGACAACAGCAGCCUCAUGUUCCCGAUCUUAGUGGCCUUCGGUGUUUUCAUCCCUACUCUCUUCUGCCUGUGCAGGUUGUGAGAGACAAGACACGACAUGGCCGGCUGCAGAGCUGAGGGGAAGAAUGAGGCCAAACACAGAGGCUGUUUUGGCUUCCCCAUGUUUCAAAUAAUUUAAGUAAAAUAAAGGUUUGUUGAGGAGCAGCCGAUACAAUCCAGGGAGCAGUUGCAUCACCUGCUUUGGGGCAAGCCGCCUCCCCCUCCCUUCGGUGAACUUUGGGGCUUCUCCAGGUGUGCGCUGAGCAGCUGCCUUUCCUACACAGGAACCUUGAGGCAGAGCCUGGAUACUCGCAGCCCUCUGGUGCUGAGGAAGCGGCUCCUUGCAGGGAGCAUGAUGGAGCAGCGUGGUGGGGACAGCACAAUGUCUGCAGAGGCGGCUCUGCCACUGGACCCCUUGGCCCUUGUGCCAGAGCUGCUGGGGUCGGACUGGUUUCAUGGCCUCUGCUGGAAUGUUUGUCACGAAACACACGGUACUUCCUUUAUUUCUGGAUGAGAAAAGGGUCGCCUUUGCUGGUUCGUCUCUGGCCUGAAGGGCCUGUGGCUAUUGAAACAGGGUGGUCUGGUUGGCCUGGCUUGGCUGCCUUGCCUUACAAAUGCGCUUUCCAUCGUCACUGUAACAUCUGAGCUGACCUUUCACCUGGGAAAGGGUUCCGUUUCAGGCAGGCCAUUUUUCCUCUUGCCCAAGCAACACUGACAUGGCACCUGUUGCUUGUCCUUGGAGGAUUUCUUUCCCUGGCUAUCCAUUGUGGCUUCAAAUUUCUCUUUGCUUAGGACCAUCCCACUGCCUUGGCCCGGCGGGUGGCCAGAGUGUGGAAAGGCUGGAGCUCUGGGGCUCUUCUGAAUCGGUUCUAAUUCUUCCCAUGGCCCUCCUAAUUUCCCUUCUCCAGAAGAUGUCUGAACCUUGGAACUUUUUUCUUCCUGGGCAAGGAGACCUUGAUCCAGCCUUCUCCAGCCUGGUAUCUUCCAGAGAUGUUGGACUGUAAUCUCAGUAUCCAAGCUUGGGAAUGUUGGGAAUUGUAGUCCCAACACACUUGGAAGGCACCAGGUUAGGGAAGACUACUUUGGAUACAGCUUAAAAUGCUUCAGUUCUACUUCUUGAUAUGGACCUGAAAACCUUGGGUGUGGUUGGGUGACCUUAGCGUAGGAGCAGCGUGGCAUUGCAGAGAGUCUCUGCCUGGGUCACCUGGAAGGGGCCUUUUUGUGCAUACUGGAGAGUGUGGCGUGGCCAGAGUUGCAAAUGAGGUAUUGGUGUAUGCUUAUUGGUGUAAGAAGGUACACGCUUCUUUGUGUCUUGAGUCCUGUUGCAUCCAUUGCAGAGAUCGUGUCCAUGCCAUCCUGGAUGGGCGACCGGCCAUACAGGCCCAUCCUGUGUCGAUCUUUUCCCUGGGCCCUUAUUUUCUCCCAUUCUGCAGACACCUCCACAUGUUCCCACAUGAUGCAAGAGUUCCAGUUCAGGGUGUUCUGGGAGAUGGCUGGCAGCGCCUUGCUUACCACGUCCUGUUGCCAUUCAUGAGAAGAGCCCAGACUGAGUGUGUGUCCUGAGCCUUGACUGGCAGGCUUCACUUGCCUUUCCAGAAUACUGGAACAUUGAGGAUGGGUGCCUGUAACCUGACAUCUCGGUGUGCGUGACCCCCAGGACUGCUGGUUUUUCAUCCGCAGUAUAAUCCCAGUGAACGGAGCCACUGUGUCACACUGCAAUAAAUGCAUCAGACCCAGUCCGUUUUCCCUCCCAACCCCAAGUCACAUUUUUAAAGAAAACCGCAUAGACAAUUGAAGCCGCUGGGGCGUCUCCCCCUCCUUUUCCUGUGCUUGGUUUUUGCCUUGUUUUUGCUCCUGGUUGAGCCUCACGCAGCACCCUGCGAGCCCUGCCAGGGCUUGGUGCUACUCUGGACUCGGAAGCUGGGUGCCCCCUGAGAUUCCAUUGUGCUGUUGGUCAACAUCCUCUGCACCCUCCUCCCCUCCCGUGGCUUGAGACCUUGCUUGAAGGGAAAGGAAGACGGUGCUGCAUUUUUCAAGCCCCCGCUCUCUGCCUGGCUCAGUUUGGGGGCUCGUGUGUUCUAGGAGGCCUGCCUGGCAGCUGGUGGCACAUGUGCUCGGGUAUGCGAUGGUUGGCACUGGGGGCUGCCUUUAGCUUGAUGAAAAUCUUUGUGGAGCUGCUUGUCUUGGAGUUGGUAAAUAAACAGGUCAGCUAGCUUGUGGCACAAAGUCUGUUUUCCUCCUCGAGAAUCUUACUUCCUUGGAGGCCUGAAGCAGAGGGAAGGUGCAUAGGCAAAGAAGGGCUACAGUGCCUCCACGAGAAGAAGCUGGCAGGUGGACGUGCUGGCGCAAUGGCCUGCCUCCCCGUCUGGCUCGCUUGGAAGAGCUGGGUGGCUACUGAUUGCCUCCCUGAAUGAGUCUGGGGCCCCAUCUGCCCCAUUCCAGAGAGUUGUUAAUCCCUGAAGGAGAAAAGGCCGAUUGCUCUAGCUUUGGCAUUGUGGGCAGGUCAAGCGUGUGCUCUCCUCUCACAGGCCGUGUUGUGAGAGAAUUGUGUCCCCUGAGGAAAGGGGGCAGUGGAGUUCUUCUCCCUUCCUCCCCUUCACUAUUGCCAGUUGUCAAAAAGUCAUCAUAUGUCACUAAUGGUACUGAGUGCUUGAAAAACUCUCCCACCCUCUGAAAUCGGCAAGAAGGCUGAGCCAUCCGCUGCUUGGUGGGUCAGUGGGGAGCCUGCGGCUUGCUUUCUCCGUGACCGUCCACUGUAGUCCCGUGGGAGAAGGAAAGGUGGAGGACUGUCCCUGCUCGCAGCCCAGCUCAAGCACAGAGGGAGCGGCUCUCCCUUGCCGUCUCUGAAUUCGGCUGCCAUCGUCCCCCCGCUCUAGCAUUUGUGUGCAUGCGAGAGCAGCGAGUGCCCUCGUUCCAGGGGCGCAGUGCAGGAGGGAAGUAGAGGAAUGCUGGAAUCUAAUCUGAAUGCAUGUGCUGUGCCUUCUUAAAUUUUCAGGUAGGAUUUGCUUGUAAAGAAGCUUCUGUUUUAAGGAACUUCUCUUUCCUCUUCUAAGCAGUGAGGAGUGGGUGGGAAAGCAGUUUCCUUUGAACCAAACCUUCUCCCCAUCUGCCAGCAGUGCACGUCACGUGCUGAGAUUUAUACGCCUAAAGCCACUUCAGCAUGGUGGGCGGGCUUCCAUUCCUGCAUAGUCGGGGGGGGGGGAGACCCAGAAGAGACCCCUGCCAGCUUGCCUUCCAUCAAAUAGAGCUAGGCUAGAGCUGUGGGAUGGAAAUGCUCUUCCGCUCAUAUGGGCCGACUAAUUUGCUCAAGUCCUGUGUGAAGGAACCUGAAGUGCCAUCCAGGGAGGCAGCCCUCACCCACAGGUGGGGCGCUGAGUUGUUCCAGCACCAUGCUGGGGGUUCUGCUUUGCCAGGAGGCAAGGAUCGGCCAGCAGCACACCCCCCGUUUGCUGGGGUCCUGCCGGGACGGACAGCCCUUGGUCUCAGGCCCGCUGGAGAGGCUGCACGUCCCUUGACAGCCGCUUGCAGAACGUCACUGAGCAUGUCGCUGCCGUGCCGUGCGAGGCUGCGGUAAGUCGCCCUGACGGAGAGCCCCCUGUGAGUGCGCCAGGAGCCCAGGGCUCCAGCAAACCAGCAAGGAAGCUGCUGGAGCAGGCGGCCCGGCCAAGGUGUUAGAGAGAGGGAGGGAAGGCUGCGCAUCUGGCUGGCUGCUGCUGAGCCUGGCUGGGGAGCCAGAGCUGCCUGCGGGGGGACGUUCAGCAGCAGUGGAGCACCGAGCCAAGGCUCUCCCAAGGCCCGGCAGGACUGGAUGCAGAUCGAAACGCCAGUUUCUUCUUCAGUAACUCUGCACUCAGUGCACACUUGUAAAGCCAAAAUAGCACUGAAACCUGUGAGCUUUCUUUUCUUUCCUACUGGGAAAAAAGGAGGAAGUUUGAGUAAAUAGGCUAUUGUGUUGCACCUCCUGUUUGCUGAUCUUGGCAUGUGAGGAAAAGGGAGCGUGCCUACGAGCCCCCGAAGCUCGCAGCCAUCGACGGCCACACCAGGUGUCUGUGGCGCGGCCCUGGUGGCGGUUGCUGUCCUCCGCGGCCUCGCUUGCCCCACAGGCGCUGGCGGUGCUGUGCCAUUCCACCCAGGCUUCUGGAGGGUGGCAUAUUUGCAGGCAGGCCACCCCGAGAAGCCGUGACCUGCCUAGGGUGGCUCGCGCUCACCGUGGCCUGUUGUGCCACCCGAACUGGCAGGGCAGUUUAUCAUAGGCUGCUGAGAAUGGCUGGAGAGCCGCCCGUGCCAUUUGCCUUUUGCAGUCUUGCCAAUGACUGCCCUUUCGCUGACGCGGGAGCAGCACUUGCCCCGGCUUUAAAAAAUGGUGCCUAAAAAUGCACAGUUGGAGUUACAAUUGUGUUGUUGUGUUGCCCUUCAUGAGGGCUCACUUGCAGCUGUCUGGUGAGAGUCCAGCAGCGAAUUUGUAUAUGGCUGCAAAGGGCUGAGGGAGGAGUAAGCAAGGAGAGACUUGAGAGUCUGAGCAGAAGCACCAGACGGCUGCAGCAGCUGUCCUAAAGGGGCAGCACAGGGGCUCCUCCUCGGCAAUUGAGUCCUCUCCAGUUUAAGUGUUAAACCAGCCGUUUCCAGAUCCCCCCACCUUUACCCAUCAUCUCCAGCUACUCCAGAAAAAGGAAAUAAAAACUCCCCAACCUUUCACAAAAGCUUCCUUAUAGGCUUUUUCUUUUUAACUGCAGAAGUGUACUCAGAUUUAAUGCCUGGAAGUAAAGGACGGGGAUUUUAUGUCUGCAUUAACUCCUCUGUUGCUUGCUCAGUUUCCUUCCCAGCCAUUCAGUUUGUGUCUCUUUCCGCCAGUGGUUCAGAACUGUCAGAUGACCAUGACUGCAAGUGCGCUAAAAAACUGAAGAGGAGGCAAGAGGGGAGUGCUCUCUCCCCGUUUUGGAGCUGCUGUAGAUUUCAGGAAAGUUCAAAAAGGAAUGGAGAACUGUCAGUUCAAUUAAAAUCAAGAGGAUGACAUUGGUAAAUGUGCAAUAUUACUCUUCUCGCCACCUUUUGCCACUUUCCCUCCCUUUUUGACAGUUUUCAAUUGGCAAGUUGAAAUUCGGUCCCUUGCGACUGCAGUUCGCCUGCCUGCAGUCUCAGUGGUUCAUUUGUUAACCUGCUACACUUGAACACGCCUUUGGUAGCUGAAACAAGGAACUUGACUCGGACCACACAUUUGGAAAGCCAGAAAAGCGCAAGUGUGCAAAAUGACAUUUUUAGAAAUUAUGAGCACAGCUUUGCAAUUUUCAGAGACUGAUUUUUAAAAAUUUGGGCUUUUUGAGGCUCUGACAAAAAAAGGCACAGUGUGUAAAGAGGGACGGGUUGGGGAGACGAGGCAGGUGCUGCUGCUUGGCACUGGGAUCCAUGUCGUAGCCAGCUGGAAGACCAAGGCGGGACGUCUCCCCUUCGGCAAGUCCAGUUACCUGUUAGGCAUGCUGCAGGUGGUUUAGCAAGUGGCCACCCACCAUGACUGCGUGCAGGUGGGUGAGUGAGAUGCGCGCGCGCUCGCUGCCUCUCCCAGCUCUGGCCGACUCAGCUGGAUGGGAGAGUCGUGGUCAUGGAGAGAACCUUCAUGGGGGCUGCAUAUACCUUAACUGGCCAGCAGAGAUCCUUGGCCAAUAUCGAUAGGAUGCCCUCCAUCCAUCCUUUUCUUUUUUUUUCACUCAUCUCCAGCUAGUAAAUACUUUAUUUUUCACAGACUUGAAUACUGUCCACUCUUCCAAAGAUGCUUCUAUUUUGUAAAGAGUGCUUGAGGAAGAGGAGAUGUGUUUGUAUUUUUUCCAGUGAAAGAGAUUUCACGAGGCCAGCACUUCACAGUCCGCUCUUGCAGGGACAAGCGGUCACAAUCGGUAUGGAAAAACUGGAAAUUUCAGCCCCAGUGUGUUAGGCCAACCCUUGGAUCCCCCCUCCAAGGACAUGUGGGCCAGGCUGCCCAUUCCUUGAAGCCCAUGACACUAGUCUCCACCACAUUUCCCCCCUUAUAUAGAAUACUUAGUGGCUGAAGAAGGCAUGGCUGGGGAUCGUGGAUGGGGGAAGCCAGAAGCAGCGGGUGCCUGUGGGUCAGCUGGACCUGCUGGUGGAGGAGAUGCAGGCCGCCUCCAGGUCUUGUUCAGGGUGUUGAGCCUGUCCUGGUGCCAGAGCCCUCACCCAUGAUUGUAUCUGAGAAGAAUGAAACCACUUUGACAGGACUCUGUUGGGGCCUGGGGACUAAGGUUCUCUGCGUCUGCAUUGUUCUUGGACCCAGGACUAGUUGUCCUCAUGUUACUUCCUUGGACAGAGAAGUAACUUUUUGGGUGCUGCGUCUGUGAGAAGUGAUUCUUGGGGUGCCUUUAGGGAGUGCCUUGUUGAAAGAUGUUGACAUUACUCCAGGGGAUGGUCAGAUCUUUAUUUUACCUCACUUCCUAAACAAGAAUGCACCAAUGUUGACCCAUGUGCUCCAGGUUUGUAAGGAGACCAUUAACAGUGGGGCUCUUGCAGGUCCAGUUAUCAGUUAACUGAUCCCCGUUUGCUCUGCUGGCUGUUGGCAUCAGAUGUGGACCCACGUUUGGCUUCAUGCCCCUGCUUGCUAAUAAGGCAUCCAUAGGCUUUUGGAAAGUUGAUUGCUUGGGCUUUUCGGACCACCCAGAUGUAACCUUCAAGGUCACAUGCCUAGGCUGGGUGGAGUUGAUUUUCAUUAUCUGUAACUUCACAUUUAACACAAGGUUUUGAAGGAGCAUCAUGUCCUUAAUUGUCCUUUGCUUUUUGUCUUUAAUAAUUUGCAGUGAUUUUUUUCUUACGGGUGUGUGUGUUUAGUAUCAAGCUUGGGCAAAGAAUAAAAAGCACAGACUGCGCUGGCUUUGUGAAAAGGUUGCUUUAAUGGUUUAUGGGUGAGAUGUUCUGGGUCAAUUUCUCUUUCCUUCCCCCCUCCAAUUUUUGGUACAUUUAGCUGUUUUUGUUUUGUUUUUAUUUGUGUUGGCUUUUUUCUCCCAGGAUGUCUGGUUGAGGGAGAUAUUCUAAACUGUACUGCUUGGCAGUUUUAACCAGCAGUGUGUUCAAAUAAAAAGAAAUUAUAUUGUCA